UUGAGCAAGGCCUAGCAUGGAGGACUAAAAUGCAUGUCGAAACUCGAGCGGUAAAGAGCCACCACUCACGAAAAUGGAUAAUUUAGUCAGAUGAUGAUAUCAAGCAAAUUUCGUAGUCGACAAAGAGAUGGAGUUUAAAUUCAACAUCAACCACUUGUUUGGAGAGACGGUGACAGUGGUAGACAAUCGUCUUCAACCAUGCAGAUCAACAGGAGAGAAUCUUGGAUUGAACAUGGAGGAGGUCAUAGAUGAAAUGGGACAAGCCUCUGCCAAAGCUCAAGGGCUGCACGCGCCCAUUACUUCAGCACACAGACUUCGCUUCUCCAGCCACCAUUUGUACGUCAUGAAAGAUGCCUCGGCCAGUGGAGGUUUGGGUUCAGUUGUUGGAAUUCUGAAAGUCGGACGAAAGAAACUCUUUGUGCUCGACAACCACGGCAACCAGAUCGAGAUGGAGCCACUGUGCGUUCUCGACUUCUACGUCCACGAGUCGUGCCAGAGGAGAGGGUGCGGGAAACAGCUCUUCCAGACUAUGCUGAGGCAUGAGGGAAUUGAGGCUCAACACCUUCCCAUCGACAGACCCUCCCACAAGUUUACCUCCUUCCUAGCCAAGCAUUACAACCUUCGGGCAACCAUCCACCAGGUCAACAAUUUUGUCAUCUUUGAGGGUUUCUUCCGAGGCCAACCUGAGGAAAGCUUUGUCAGGAAGCGAUCAGGAGUUGCCGGGAAUCGGAAACCGCCAGUAGCGCCCAAUAAGAGAGAAGUUCCUCACUCGCGCUACCGCAAUGCCUCCAAUGCUGCCCUGUGGUCCCAUGGCGGCAGCACCGUGGGCGUUUCUGCCCGGCGCAACUCCAUGGACAAUCCCACCACAGCCCAGACCACGGCGCCGGCCAAGGACGCGUUGCCUGCCAUUGGCCGGUCAGGCUCGGCAGGCUCCAUCAGCUCCCAGGGUUCCCUCAACAGCCCGCUCAUCCCUGGCUCUUCAGAUGCCAACGAUUUGCUUCCAAAAGCGCAUGUUGCCCAAGCAAACCACUACAGCAGGCACAAACUUCUGACAGGAACACCCCCAUCUCCCAGUGGAUCUGCCUCAAAGACAAGGACCCCUCCCUUUGGAGCCAAUGUGUCACUGGUGCCCAAUGGAUCACCAGUAAGCGGUGACACCUCAGGUGGGCGUGGUCUAGCCAAGGAUACCACGCCCCCCUUUGGACGACCGGACACAAUUGGCCUGAACAGCCACCUGACGACCCAGACGCGGGAUGGUCACUUGAAGUUGUCUCCCAUUGCCACCUCCACUGUCCCUGGAGGAACUCUCAAGCAAAGUCCUGUUCUUCCUGGCAUCGGUGCCACUGCUUCACAGCAAGCCACGACUGGAUCGCCUUCAAAUCCUACCGGCUACAGCCAAAACUCCCCUAGCGGCUUGACCAGUGAGGGCAACUACUGCGUGACCCCACCCACCAAGACCAUGCACUCCUCUUGGAACAUCAUGGGGGUCCCACCCAGCUACCAGACGAGACAGGGCGAUGGGGGACUGGCCCACCGGAGCUCUUUGGGAAGAGGCUCCAACCGACCCUGGUGACACCCAGGCGGCCUGUCAUCAAUCCCUUCCCUCCCGGGUGCUGAGAUUUAGGUGGACCCAAGCCCAUGGGCCAGUUUGGCUGUCUCGGGUCAUACGCACACACACCCCCUUGGCCCAGAUGUGACACUUGCUUGAAAGCCAUGGUGAAUGAAAAAUGUAUGCAUGUUAACUCUCUGGAAUGCCUGACCUGCAUGUGUUUGCAGGAGUAAAUGGCGCCCUCACUAGGGUAUGCACUGAUGGUAUGGGCCUAGUGCUCAGCGAGAUUUCACAGCAUGGAAGCCGUGCACUUAUACGAAACCUGUUGGAAGUAAACUAUUUGUCAGCAUCAUGAAAGAAGAAAUGAGUGUUACAUUGUACUUAAAUUUAGGUUCAAAACCUACGUGUGUACUUAAAAUCUUUUAUUGCAUGGAUUAGAGAAUCGUUUUUUUCUCAUCACAUUGUUCACAAUUAAUAGCAACAAACACACCAAAGGUCAAAUACUUCAUUGUCAACAUCUAUGCACAGGUCAACAGAUUGGCCAACUGUUAAGGUGCUGAAAUGUAAUGUUUUUUUUUUUAUUCAAAGGCCUACUCAGUAGUCAUGUCAGUUUAUCUGGGAUGUUGUUUUGCAAGGAGAGUAGUGAAUAGAUUUGCUGGAAGAACGUGAACACAUUUAGGGAACAGUCCGAAACAUGAAUUGUCCUUUUUUAAGAUUUGCACCUUUAACUUAAACUCUGUUUGUUCACUUUUCCCAGGAGUAAGUUUUCUUUUAAGAACCGGGUACUUUCCCUGGUUCAAGAGAAAUCACAAGGAAUCAACUGAUGUGCGGGCACUUUCUUUCUGUUACUAGGGGGGUGGGACGAUGUCGUCAGUGAUUUUGAAUGCAUUUUUCUGAACAGCUUCAAAUAGUAUUCUUUGAAAAAGUGGCCUGCUUGGGUGUGAGACGUAGUUGUCAAGAUGCUGGAGCAUCAAGUUAGCUAUCUGGUAGUUUGUCCGUUCAUCUGUCUGUGCAUCUAUAGAAGGUGGUGUAUACGUCCAUACACCCAUAUAGCCUGUUCAGAUGGGCCAUGAGUCAUAUUUCUCAUCAAAUCUUUGGAAAGGUAAUUGUUUUGAAAGCUUCACCACCUGUCUAUGCCUUCUGCCGAGAACUUGUAUUUUUGUAGUUUCAGCUCAGGAAAUCUUUGCUUCAGGUACGUACACAGUGCCUUGAUUUUUUUGGAGUUGUCCACUCAAACAUAACUGCCUCCUCCAUCUACAGUUCAUCUGGGGCUGAAGGUCAACCGACUACUUCAGUACUUUGAGGUCAAGUGUCGGCAGUCUGUCAUGAAGUCUAUGUAUUCCUAAGACCUCGUGUUUUACAUUUCCCCCCCCCCCGGAUUUUUUGAAAAGUGAAUGCAAUUUCAAACAGUUCAUCAAAAUUUGAUCUGAGGGAAAGAAACUUUCUAGUUCAAAUGUUUGAAGGAAUAUAUAUCGACAUGUACACUUUGCCUUCUUUUCAAGGGCACAAAACAGUUGUGUUUAAAUCCAAGCUGUAGGUCAGAGGUCAAAGGCGGUGAGUACAUAGACCUGAAUUACUUGUCAAGGGGGGACCACAGGCCCAAACUAAGGGCAGUGUAGGAAUUAUGUAUCUGAACUACUGUGGCAAAAAGUUGGCCACUUCAGCAUCGGAGGAGUUGCUGCCUUUCACAAGUAGGAUUGUUUCCCAAACUUGGCUUUCGGUCAGAGUUGUAUGUAUAGCUCUAGAGUGCCGAAGUGUGACCUCAUUUCAAACCAGGAAGCGUGGUGCAAAUGAAUGGAGUACGCGCAUCCAUUGGUUAACGCGCCGGUUCUCGCACAAUUACACAUGUAGUUGUACACUUGACUAUUCGCUUCAGUCGGUACUCUGUAGAUGUUGCUAGCAUUGAUCUGUAUUUCUCAGUAGUUUUUGGGUGUCCUUUUUAGGCUUCGCUUUUUUUUUUCCUCCUAAAUUUGAAGUUUUUGGCCCACUGAUAACUCACAACUCCACAUGCAGCAGAGUGAAGUAUUUCUAUUGAAGUUAAAGACUGUAGGCCUGCCUUCGGUGAUUGAAUUUAGAGAUGAUGCCAGAGACGGAGCCGAAAGCUGAGUAUUGGAAAACCACCAGAGACUUAGCGCUUAAGAUUUGGAUGCUGCAGUGGCCUGAAUCUCAGUUGUCAUUGACCUUUAUUUCAUUGUAAAUUGUGCACGUGUGUGACAGGUAUUUACAAAGGACAAAGUCAAAUUUUUAUGGAGAAAAUACACAUUUUUCAUAGAUACUGAAUAUGAUAAUGAAUAUACUAUAUUGUACCAAAAUAGUGGUAUACAUGUACAUGUAUGUAGUUAGUAGAUAGCGCUUGUGUGGAUGUAGGAUUGUAUGCCGUCCGAUCCAAAAGUAGUUGUUAGGUGAAUUUGAUGAAGACAAAACUAUGUGCAAUAGUUUAAGAAUUACGAAUGUAUUGCAUGUACAUACGGAUUAUUUUUCUUUUGGAGUGUCUUAUUCUAUUGGCCGUACCAGUCAGAUUUUUUUUUUAAAUAUCCAGCAAUGUG